GGGAAAUAAUCGAAUAAGCAACAUAUCAAGCCUUGCAACGUCAAGAAUCAACUAUGUGAGGGAAAUGUCUCUGACGAAAAAUCAAAUCGAGCAGCUACCAGCCGAAGUGUUCCAGAAUUUGAAUGUACUGUACGCUUUAGAUUUGUCCUUCAACAAAAAGCUCUCGUCCAUACCAGAUGGUGCGUUUUCUGGCCUCAAGAAAUUGGAAGUAUUGUUUCUGCACUUCAACAACAUCUCAAAAAUUAGCAGCCUUACCUUUGCUGGGCUUCAAAAUCUGAGGUUGCUGAUGCUUGUGAACAACAGUCUGGCUUCUCUUCCUGAAAAGGCUUUGGCUGAAAUGUCUUUGAACUUUUUGUUUUUACAUGGAAACCAGAUCAAAAACAUUGAUGCGAAUGCUUUUCGCGGCCUCAUUGAUCUGCGUUUGGUGUAAGUUGUAUUGAAUAGAAGUAAACUGAUAUGCUUUUCUUUCAGCUUCG